AGCGUGCACACGGGAAGGGGGUGUGUGAGGAUACUGGCAGCGUUUCAUGCAGCUCCAGUGGACACCUAAAGCGGGACUCACUGGUGUGUGUGUAAAGAGAGCUAACACACUCUCACACACUUAACAUUUGGACACAACAUGGCGAUGAGGCGCCGAGAGACACGACGACUCUUCCCCGACUAAACAACCACGUUAUGUUAUAGGUGGGGGGAGCGCGCGACAGGGAAAUACAUGAAAUUACGCGAAACUAAUUAAACCUGAAGAGAUUAUUCCCCGAAUUCCAUUAUAUGCAUGUAGCUUGUAGCGGUCAUAUAAAGCACACUGCUUUACCCCGCUGCUGGAAAUCAAACGCUGUACAUGGCGGUGGAGAAUAUCUGGUUCUUCUGUCUACUUUCUCUGGGUUACUGUGGAUUAUCCGUGCAAGAGAAGCCUGUGUCCGUGGAGCUGAGCUGUGGUGCUGGUCCGGUCCAUGUGGUUCUGGAGCCUGAUCACCCUCUACUGCUGGACUGCCAUCUGGGGGCCAGUGAGCCCCCCCUCAACGUGACCUGGCUGCGGGAUGGAGCGGUCCUCUCUGAGAGCCAGACCAUCCGGCCUUUGCCCAACGGAUCCCUGCUAAUCUCGCCCUCCUCUACGGAUGGCCAGACUCCAGCGGGUGUGGAGGGUGGAUACAGCUGUCUAAGUACCAGCUCUACAGGAGCCCUGACCAGCCGGGCCCUCACCCUGCAUCUCGCCAGCUUGUCCCAUUUCCUUCAGGAUCCUGAGCCACAGGUUGUGCCUAUAGGUGGCACUGCCCGGUUUGAGUGCUAUGUAGAUGGCUUGCCCACCCCAAGUAUCACCUGGGAGAAGGACCAGGCACCACUACCUGCACCCGCAGAACCUCUAGAAUCAUCCAGGUACAUAUCUCUUCCUAAUGGGGUGCUUCAGAUUUUAGGAGUCUCUAAAGAAGACGAAGGCUUGUACCGUUGUGUGGCCUUCAACUCUGCCAGCAAGCGCUUCAGCCAAGAUGCUUCUCUCACAGUUAGCCCAGGUCUGUCUCAGGAGAGUGAGGUGGUGAUUGUGGCUCCACCGCGAAACUCUACAGUGGUCAUGGGUCGUCCAGCUGUGAUGGAGUGCAUGGCUCAGGGUGAGCCCAAACCCUUUGUGUCAUGGAGCAGACAGGAUGGGAAGCCUAUAUCUACUGAUGUGGUUGUCCUGGCAACCAACCUAGUGAUUCCUGACACCCGCAGUCACCAUGCUGGAGUGUAUGUGUGUCGUGCCAACAAACCCAAGACCAGAGAUUUUGUCUCAUCUCCCGCUGAACUUCGAGUACUAGCUCCACCAGUCAUCCUCCAGCCCCCAGAGGCAGUGUCCCUGUCCCGGGGGAAUACGGCUCGGUUUGUGUGUAAUAGUUCUGGUGACCCUCCUCCUGCUCUGCGCUGGCUCAAGAAUGGAGAACCGGUCCAGUCUAAUGCCCGAGUUAAGACUCAGAACCCUGGAGUUCUGCUCAUCAACCAGCUGCGGCUGGACGAUGCGGGAUAUUACCAGUGUAUUGCUGCCAACAGUCUGGGCACCGCCUGUGCCACUGCCAAGCUGUCUGUCAUCGUGAGGGAGGGGCUGCCUAGCCCUCCUCGUCAUGUGUCGGCCACACCCCACUCUAGCACUUCAGCAUUGCUCACCUGGGACCCGCCUGAACACAAUAGUGACCAGAUCAUCGGCUUCUCAGUACACUACCAACGCACGGCAGGCUCAGACAACAUGGAGUAUCAGUUUGCUGUGAAUAACGACACCACAGAGCUGCAUGUAAAGGAGCUGCUCCCUCACACAGCCUACACCUUCUAUGUAGUGGCCUACUCACCCAUUGGGGCCAGCCGCCCCUCACAGCCUGUUACUGUGGAGAUGCUAGAGGAUGUUCCCAGCGCUUCUCCGCAGCUGUCCCUACUGAGCACAUCUCCCACUGACAUCAGAGUCAUGUGGCUGCCCCUCUCCUCACAGCUGAGCCGUGGAGCCAUUAAACGCUACCGCAUUGACUACAGAGCGCUGGAGCAGGUGGAUCACAUAUACUCUGUGGAAGUGGGUGGGAAUGAGACACAGGUGACUCUAAGGGAUCUGAAACCAAAUCAAACGUACCAGCUCCGGAUUGCGGCGGGAACACGAGCUGGGUUUAGUCAGCCUUCUGAGUGGGCCUCGCACCACACACCAAACCUUACUCAGGUGCUCUUUGCUCCCACUGAGCUCAAAGUGAGAGCCAAAAUGCAUUCCCUCCAUGUCACAUGGCAGCCACCGCCCAAUCACACUCAGAUCACCGGCUACAAGCUUUCCUGGUGGGAGGUGGAUGGAGAGGAGCUGACCAAUGAGGAGAAGCCUGUGAUCAAUGAGAAGAUUCAACAGAUCAAACUGAGGAAGAGAGUUAAACACCAUGAGGUCACAGGCCUUGCUCCUGAUCGGCUGUAUGAGGUGAAGGUUUGGGCGUUUAAUAAACAGACUGAGGGUUAUCCUGCUGUCUGGAAAGGCAGAACAGAGAAGCUCACACGAGUGCGGACACCAAACUCUAUCCCACCAUUGCCGCCCAUCAGCAUCAGAGCUCGUGCGAACAGUUCCACCUCUAUCUGGCUCCGCUGGGAGAAACCACACUUUAGCAAUGUGCGAAUCAUUAACUACACUAUACGCUGCAGCCCCGCAGGAAUACGCAAUGCAUCGCUGGUCUCAUACUAUACCAGCUCUUCUCAGGAGAUUUUACUGGGAUCACUUAAGCCCUUCACUAGCUAUGAAAUCGCUGUGCAAUCUAAUGGAGUUGAUAUGAGUGGCCCCUUCAGCAGCACAGUGGAAGAAUCCACACUUCCAGAUAGACCCUCCUCUCCUCCUAUGGAUAUGCAGUUGAGUGCGCUGGACUCAUUCUCUGUUCUGGUUAGUUGGCGCCCUCCACUGGAGCCAAAUGGAGUCAUUUUGACCUACUGGAUCCUCUACACUGGCAACAUCAGCCAUCCAGAUCACCUGUGGAUAAACCUCACACAUGAUGGUUCUGUCAGAAAUGCAGAGGUCCAGGGCCUGAUGAGUGGGACUCGUUAUUAUUUUAAGAUGGGGGCCUGCACUGAAAUGGGGGUGGGACCAUAUUCACCUGUGAAGGAUGUCUAUACUCCUCCAAAGAAAUAUGAGCUGGAUAUUCAUGCUGUGACUGGUAUCAUAGUUGGAGUGUGUCUCGGUCUGCUCUGCAUCCUGUUCUGCAUGUGUGUCAGUUUCCGCAAUGGAAAAACACGGGAUGUCUCUGGUGGACUUGACUCAAGUUCUUUGAGUCCUCAGUACAGGAAGGGUGCCCGUCCAGUGCCUGCUGCUGCGCCUGACUGCAGUGACUGCCAUGAGCUGGAAACCCUCAUGCCCUCUAGUGCUCAAGACCCCAACAGAACCCUCACAGAGCCCAGUGAGGAACAGAGUCUCAUGGGUAAUGUAGGAGGGACUGAUGAUGGCCUUUCAGAAUCCAAGUCAGCCUGGAACGGAUCCGUUAGUCGGAAUUGGGCCAAUAGGAUCACUAGAUACAGAGAUACUAUAACCGAGGAUUCUUCGGCUCUCAUCAAUGGAGCUCUGGAGGGACCACCGUCAGAAAACAGUAAGAGCGGGCAUGUGGAGAGGCUGUAUUCCCUCAGCAAGAACCAGGUGGAGGCUGAAGUCAUCGUGCAUUCACAGCUGUCUAACACGACGGCUGACCAGGGUCCACAAAGCGACAUGGAACUCUGUCUCGAGUCUCCAUCUUCCCAGCACCCUUCUCCUGGAGACAAGGAAACUCCAUCAACCCCUCAUCCACCCUGUGCUCACAGUGAGGACAACCACGAGACUCAAUCUCCAUCUCCAACCCCCAGCACUCACAUCUCUGAAGUACUGUCCAAUCACAAUGGACCAUUUGAGAGUGGGCUUAGCCAGCCGACAGUGGGUGGUGCCAAAAACCAAGGAGUGGGGCUUACUAAUGGCUUCCACUCGUCCAAACCCCUUCGGUCAAAGGCAGAGACCCUGGAGAACGGGGCCCACAGACUGUGCCCCACAGGAAAGGUUCUGUCCUCACCAGGUCUCCCCGCUUCCCCCUCAUCCUUCGCCAGCUCUGGCCUUGUCCAUUCUACCUCAGGGGCGCAUAACUAUGUGUACCCCUAAGCUGGAAGGAAAAGAAGCGUAAUAAAUGGUGUUCCUAAAGUUCUGGGACAGAGAAGGACAACAGAGGAGACCAACGAGUGGCACCUUCUUGCUGGGGGAGUUGAUGUUUUCUCGUAGCCACGUUCGCCUCCUCUCACAGCUGUUUUAUUGCAACCUUUUGGUUCCAUUAUUUUAUAUGUAUGUACAUAUAGAAUUAUUUUUUUAGGACUAGUAUCCAUGGAUAUGCAUUUUAUGGCAUAUCAGUGGCACACUUUAAUCCCUCUUUGUGUGCAUGUAUGGAAUGUGCUGAAGUGGUUUAUAUGUUUACAUGCACAUGUGAAGUCAGAGUGUUCUUACUCUGAGGUGAAGGAUCCUGAAAUCAGCCCAGCAUAUGGAAACAGAACUCAUUCACGGGACAGAUGUCACGGAUCGAUCCGAGAUCAGUGCCAGUGGGUGGAGAUCCAUUUUGUCAGAGAAGAUUACCCUGCCACAAAGUACCACCUCCUGCUGUCUCAGGGUUGCCACACACAAACACAUAUAUCCGUGCUUUCGAAAUGGUUAUUACAGGAAAACAGCACCUUCUUCAGCUCUACAUGGAUAUUACAUAACCGUCUAUUCGAGUUUAAAGGGAUUGUGCACCCAUCAAUGAAAAUGUAGUCAUUUUUACUCACCCUCAUGUCGUUCCAAACCUGCGCACGGACAAAAACAUUUUUAAAAUAUCUUGUUUUGUUUUCUGCAGAAGGAAGAAAGUCAUAAAGGUCUGAAACAACACGAGGGUGAGUAAAUAAUGACAGAAUUUUUAGUUUUGGAUCCUUUAACUUGAUCAGAUCAGAGGUACAUCUUCACACACUCGCACGCAAACACAAUCCUGAAUACAAUACGAAUAAAAACACACAUUCCUUGACUGGAGCGUAGCGUCUCAGGAGUCUCAAAUUCAAGGUGCAUUUGCAUAUACAUCAAAUACAUGUAGAAAAAUGACAAAAAUGAAGGGAAAAAAAAGUGAAGGAAAACAAUACAAAAAGAACACUAAGAGUCAUGUACUUUUUGUAUCAUUUCAACUCUGAGUGUACUUGUAAAGACACAUCACACUGAUUCAUGCUCCAAGUUUCUCUCAGUCAACAGCACUACCUCAUUUCUUUACAGGAUUGUUUUUUUUUUCGGUGUGAUUUUAUGAGUAUAAUUAAGAAGGCGGCGACUUGUGUGCGUUUUUAAGCCGUCUGAUUCAUAGCCUUUGGAUAAUAGCAGAAUCUACUGCCCUUCUCACUCUGUGUCUGUAUUCUUGUGUAACGGUUACUGAAACUUUCGUCUCUGGUUAUUAGCCUGUGUGCAAGCAUGUGGUCAUUCGCUUGUGUAGUCCUUUGAUAUGGGAGACAAAUAACUUGAUCAUCACAACAGUUUUGCAAUAUACCCUUCAGGUGAAGGGAUAUAAAAACAAUAGAAGGCUAAACUCAAGACCUCAAAGUUUGUGUCCAUAAGAUCUACCUGUUGACAUGCCAGUCAUCUCUUUUUCUCAGGAACUUCUACGCAGGGAGUCUGAGAAGAACAUUUUCAGCCAAACUAGGAAAUAGCCUCCAUCUCUCAGACAGGUCUCGUCCCAUAACUUAUACUCUGUCUUUUGGCCACGCGUCUGCCACCAUUUAGGGUUCAUCUGGAACUGUAAAUAAACUUUGUCCUCCAUGCAAAAUCAUGCAUUGCUGCUGAGAGCAGGAUCUGUUAUCUGUUGUGCUUCCUUUUUAUGCAUUUUAAUGCUUAUUUAAAGUAGUAUCUUUUAUGUUAAAGCUGUUAUAUUGGAAGAGAAACGUCAACAAACUCUCAAACUCUUGCUGUCUUUCUUCAGGUCAUUGACAGGACUGCCCAUAAUGCCAACGAAAACUCUCGGUCUAGUCAGUCUUUGUCAUUGCCACAGUUCAGCUGAUUGUGUUUGAUAUUACUCCUAAUUCAAUAAUUUCACUGAAUAGUGCUUUGGUGCUAGAGCAAGACUAGGUUCCUUUUAAGAUGGUCUUUUAAACAUUCCAGUUUUUGUAUGUACCGCAGGCCAAACUCAGGGCUGAUCAUGUAGGAAAUGAAGAUGAUGAAUGUCUGAAUUAUUCUGGCUGCUUUUUUAACAACGUACAGUAAGCAUCUCACACACCGUCAGUUGUCUCAAUUCUAGAUGUAUAGUGUCCAGUCAACAACUCAUCCUUGAUCUGUAGAUUUAGAGUCGAUGAUUUUACUGAGAUUAUAAUGUAUUUGCUCAAUAUGCUUCCUGUCAGUUCUGUGUUAGAGGGAUAGUUCACCCCAAAAUGAGAAUUCUGUCAUUAUUUACUCACCCUCACAUCGUUCCAAACCUGUAUCACAUAAUUUUUUCUGCAAAAAGAAGAUAUUCUGAAGAAUGUUUGUAAAACAACAUUGGACUAUAUUGACUUGAAUUAUAUGGACAAAACCAGUGUUGGGGAAAAUUACUUUUAAAAGUAAUGCAUUACAAUAUUGCGUUACUCCCUAAAAAAGUAACUAAUUGUGUUACUUAGUUACUUUUUAUGAAAAGUAAUGUGAUACAUUACUUUUGCUUUACUUUUUCUCACCUGGGCUGGGCUUGCUUGUUUGUUUUUUAAUAACAACAAAAAAGUUCUAUUUUUGGCAAAUGUAAAGGCCCUUUCACACCAAAAGUGAAAUGAAUAAGUCUCAGGCUGAAGGAAAUGCAUAUUUACGCCUGUACAGUAGAGGGCUCAAACUUUUCAGCAGCAAAGACAUUGGUUAAUAAAGUGAGAUUAAAUACAUAAAGUAUAUAUGUGUAACUUAAUAUAGUUAAUUAUUACAUGUUUGCCUAAAAUUCUAAGAUUGCAUUUCACUGUUUUUAUUCAUUUUGAGGAAUACUGAAUGUUUUCGUGCAAGUGCGAUGAGUAAAUGCAUGUUCACAUUUAGUCUAGAACUACAAUAACCAUCGUGUUCGCACAGCGCAUAACACCUCUGAACUUUAUUUCUCUCAACAUGGGGACAGGAGAGCUGUCAGUCAAUACAUGUGAAAAAGUAACUUAGAUAUUUUGUUGUAAAUUGAAAAAGUAAUGUGUUACUGUACUAGUUACUUGAAAAAGUAAUCUGAUUACAUAACUUGUUAUGCGUUACCCCCAACACUGGACAAGCCCCCCCCCCCAGAAAUUGUUCAAAAUAUCAUCUUUUCUGUGCAAAAUGGUAGCAGAAUUUAAAUUUUUGGGUAAAUGAUCCCUUUAAACUGCAAAAAAAAGGGUCAUUUUGAUUUUCAUAAACAGUUACAUUGCCAUGCAAAUCAUUUUUGUGCAUAUUUUUUCUGUUCUGAUAUGUUUGUGUUGUCAAACGGACAGUCUUAGCUUUGCUCUUGAGUCUUAUACAUCAGAUUAUAGUGUUAGCACAUGCCACCUACAGCAUUAGGAAUGUGUGGGGGAUAUAAAUUGACCUCUUGUUUUGUCUAAAAGUAAGGAAAUUGUGGUUUCGCCAGGGUCAGCAGAUGUCUUGUCACUCUUAGAUAUGCAUGUUAUUGUUCAGAAAGAGCCCUUCAGGAUAAGUUAUAAUUCAGAUACCUCAUUUGCUGCUUGUUAAUUUAAUUGCAGAUAUAUCUUCUACACGCACAUAUAGCUACACGUGUAAAGGAAUCGGAAGUUUGGAUCAGAUUCAUAUGUGUUUGGCAGCAGUGUUUUCUUAAACUGGAGGAGUUGAUUGUCUCAUUUUACCUCAUUUUGAAGCUUCAGGCUGGUUUCUGCUCCACUAUAUUAAGCAAAGGAAUGGUUGUCAUUUGUGUUUAUCUGGAAAAGUCUGUGAUUUUGCAGAGCAAUGGAUAGCAAAAUGCUUGAAAUGAGAGUUCAGAUGACCAGAGGGUUCCCCUGUCAAGCCAUACCUCUCAGAACAGACACAAGGUUGCAUGUGGGCCAUUUUUAUACUGUAUGUAUAAUCAGUGUUUAUCGCUCAGGUGCCGUGUCUUUGCAUUAAAACUCCGGCUUACUCUGAUGUAAGGCAAAUGUGCAUUGAAGUAUGAAAACCUCACCUGUCCUCCUAGGAAAUAAAGGCUUUAAUGUCAGAGGAAAAGCAACAACAAAUAGUAACACUGAUGCAGACAAUUUUCUAAAGAAAUUCUAAUGGCUGUUUUCUCUUUGGUGCUUUGUGGUGACCUUUCUAUUCUAGUGAUGUGAAAAUUCAUCCUUUUUUUGUACUUUUCUCCCCAACCAGCAGACCUGUGCUUUUCUGAGAUUCUCAGCACACAUACUGUGGACACAUUUGUGUAACACCAGCAGCAGUAUGGUCUCUUGAUGUCUGUCGGUAAAUGUGAGAGACAAAACAUCAGUCUCAGCACACGCAAAACUACACUAUCCCAGUAAGAUUACAGCAUGUGUCUGUCUCUUAUCUGUAUGUUCUCAUGGCCUUUGUAAAUUCAAAUCUAAAGAUUGUAAAGGGUAGAGGUAAAGAGAUUGAAGAAGCAUCCAUUGACCAUUUAGUUUGUGAGAGAUGGGUAAUGCCUUUUGACCCCCAUAUAAAUGUUAUAUUCAACAAGCCCUGUGAUCUGUAAAUCUUGUUUCCUUCGCUGUGACAUCAGUCAUUCAUAGUCAGAAUAUAUAAGAGCUUCAAUUUACUCACUUAGAUUGGAUCUAAUCUUUUUAACAGGAACAAAUGUGCCCUAUGAAUAAUUGAUGCAAUGAAAUAAUUAUAUCUGAUGACUGAUCAAAUGUUGGUACUCGAUUAUAUCAUAUACAUGAGCUGUGAAGGGUGGAGUUUGAUGUCAGAUGGAUGGAUGCAGUGGAGGACAAUAUGAUAUUAUAAUGUUUAUGUUCUUUCUCUGUCACUGUCUCUGUUUGUGAGGUUUGCAGCAUCUAAGUCUUUGCAAACUUGUACUAUGUAAAUAAACAUCUUAAUAAUAAAAAAA